CGCUCCCGUUUCCGUUUCCGACAGCUCGAACGGUCCACGAGAAUCGUAGGAUAUAUCUCCUCUGCCUCCUCCCUCUUCUCUCUCUCCUCCGCUUGUAACGAAAGAGACUAAGAGCCCAUUCCAUCAACGGCGGGCCGAUCCUCAUAACCCGAUCGUCGCUCUCCCUUCUCGGAAGAUGUAGGGGCUUAAGCUGUGUUCUGGAGAAAGGAAUCCGAUGCCCGCCAAUCGCGGCCUGAAAUCCUCCCCCAGGGGAAAAGAUGAUCCUGUCAUCCUGAUUUCUUGUUGCUGACCUCGACUGGCGCACUCUCUUGGUAGAUUUUGGGCACUUCAGGGCCCGAGAUCGAUCCGAGUGCGCAUUUUUUGGAGUUUUUGUAGCCGAAGAUUGAAACUUGGAUUGAUGGAAGGAAGGGGGCUCCGGCGGAGCCUAACGCUCCCCGAGCAGCAGGCUGUGGUGCUCUCCUGUAAUCUUGGGGACCUCCUCAAGGUCCAAGACGAGGACGAGGUGCGCCCCUCCUCCGCCGUCGCCGCGUGCGCGAAGAGGGGAGCCUCCUCCGCCUCCGGGGGUGGCGGUGGCGGGAGAACACUGCUCGACAUCAUGCGUGAGGAACCGGGGCCAAAUGCGGUCGUCGUAGGCCGUAGUUCCGGCAACGGUAUCAAGUGGAAGUCGUUCAAGGAUCGCCUUCACCUCCGCCUCCGCCGCGCUGGCGCCGCCUGGGCGGUGUCGUGCACCCAGUUCAACCCCAUGUCCUAUCCCGAGCUCUUCGUUUCCGUCCACACCAACCCCGGAUUCUCCCGACCGGUCUCCCGCUCAACUUCCAUCCGCAACUCCGAACUCCCCGUUCCGGCAUCUAUCUCGGGCACCGAGAACAAUCCUGCAGCCACGGACGCCGCCGCCGUGGAUGCACCAUCACCGCCAGAGGAGCAUCCAUCGGGCGCCGCGGGCAAUGGAGAAAGCUCCGAUCAUGGGUCCACCACUACGGCGGCGGAGGAGGAGCCAGUGAGAGUCUCGCUGAUGGCGCUGCUGGAGCAGACAGACAGACAGUGGAGCAGCGCAGGGGAGGGGUCCCCACCGGCAGCGGCACUGGCGGCGCUGUCGGAGGAGGAACCGGCGGCCGCGGAGGACGUCGGCGGAGGCAUAUUGCACGUGUGCUGCGUGUGCAUGGUGCGGCACAAGGGGGCGGCGUUCAUCCCCUGCGGCCACACCUUCUGCCGGAUGUGCUCCCGGGAGCUCUGGGUGAACCGCGGCAGCUGCCCGCUCUGCAACGGCAACAUCCUCGAGAUCCUCGACAUCUUCUAGCGCUCCCUGUCAACUCCGCCCACCAUCGCCGCCGCCGCCACCACCACUCUGGUAAUCUUACAUAUAAGAUCAUAUCUCUAAAACUACUAUUUUUCGUAAUCAAACAUAAGAUUGAUGGAAGUGAUGGUGAAUUUGCCCAGUGUUUGAUGGAAUGACCAAUUUAAUGCAGUGUACUGUUGUGAAUGUGAAAGAUUGAAGUCAACAAUUUAUGCUGCUGAAAGAUGGUGACAAUAAUGUCUAUUGUAUACAUGUUUUGCUGUUCUUAUUCAUGUUGUGGUGGUGCUUUUUAA